AUGAUCGGUUCUUCUACAAUAGGGAAUAAUAAUCAUACCAUUACCAACAAUAUACCUGAAUUUGUUAAAAAGCUAUUUAGCAUGUUGGAAGAAAACACAUACCCACACAUAUUCUCUUGGGGAAUAGAAGGGAAUACAUUUGUAGUAAAAGAUCCCAGUGAAUUUGCUCGCCACAUAUUACCCAAACAUUUUAAACAUUCGAACUUUCAAAGCUUUGUACGCCAAUUAAACAAGUAUGACUUUCAUAAAUUGAAAAUACCGGAGGAGAGUCAACGAAUAUAUGGUAAUCAGGCAUGGGAGUUUCAACAUCCUAAUUUUAAAUACAAUAGAAAGGAACUCUUGGAAGAAGUCAAGAGAAAACCUACAGGAAAAGUAACACGUCCAACUACAGCAAAAGUAACACAUAGUUCUUGUAUUGAAGAAGAAAUAAAAAUGUUAACAUCGACUCUUCAAAAAGAAAUCAACGAAUUAAAACAAACACAAAAACAAAUGGUAGAAAAAUUGAAAGGAUAUGAUAAAAAAUAUGAUAUUGUAUUAGACAAUAUUCAGGCAUUUAAAAAGACAUUAACAGAACAAGAUACACUUAUGCAAGAAAUAAUGAGUUUUGUAUCAAAAGAAAAUAUGAUAGCAGCUUAUCAAAAUGUUUCUAAUGCAGCUGAAUCUCAAUUGGAAAAGAUAGCGACAGUUGUAGAAGGUACAGCUAAUAUAUUAUCAACUGAACAAUCACAACCUUUACAAAUGCAACAGCAGCAGCCAUCUUUAAUUACUGAUAACACAACAACAGCAGCAGCAACAGCAGCAGCAACAGCAGUGACCUCUACUGUUAGCACAUCAGUCAUACCCAUCACUGCUGCACCUAUUGUUAAAAAGAGAAAACGAAUGCAAUUAGGAUGGUCAGUACCUCCACGUGUAUUAUUAGUGGACGAUGAUUCUAUAUUUCGUCGUUUAUCUACUCGAUUACUUCAAAUAGCAGGCUGUACAAUUGAUGUUGCUGUAGAUGGUAUGGAAGCCGUUCGUAAAUUAGGUACAACUAAAUAUGAUUUAGUGCUUAUGGACAUUAUAAUGCCCAAGUUAGACGGUAUGUCAGCUACAAGAAAUAUAAGACAAUAUGAUACAUGGACACCUAUUAUCUCCAUGACUUCUAAUACAACAGCACAAGAUAUUCAACAAUACUUUUUAAGCGGCAUGACAGAUGUUUUACCAAAACCAUUUAAUCAGGGCUCUUUAGGCAAUUUAUUAGAAAAAUAUUGUGCACAUUUAGUUGUACAAAGACAGCAUCAUUUAUUACAACAAAACUAUUCUUUAAACAACAGCACGAUGACACCACAAUUAACAUUAAUUGAAGAAGGAGAAGAAGAGGGCAAAGGAAAAGAAAAGGCAGUAACAACGACAGACUAUUUACAACAGCAAUUAACUUAUCCUUCUUCUUCUUCUUCUUCAACACUGCUUCAGUCAACGCUUCAACUUUUAAAUAAUGAUAAUGAUUCACAACAAUGGUGUUUGUAUGUAAAUCAAAAGCGACCUAGACUUGAAAAUAAAUAA